AAGCUAAAGAUACAAAUUACAACCAUGGGAAUCGUGUGCCCCGAUGAGAGCAAGAGGAUUGAGAUCGAAGAGUUUCGCCGGAUGCUGCUAUCUAACGCGGCGGUGCACCGGACAAAGGCCGGCGAUGAAUUCCAAAACCCAGGGAAAUUGCCUGCUGCAAAUCGACACAACCGUGAGCUUGAAGAGAAGAAGGUGUGCGUCACCAGUGGCGUAUCCUUCCUUGGUAUCGCCAUCGUCAAUCAACUCUUACUCCGUGGCUACUCUGUACGAGUCAUCGUGGAAAAACAAGAGGAUCUGGAAAAGCUAAGAGAGAUGGAAAUUUCUGGAGAAAUGAGACAAUCGAUGAACACUGUAGAGGCAGUAAUGGCGAGGCUGAAUGAUAUCCAAAGCCUAUCGCAGGCAUUCAGCGGUUGUCGCGGUGUCUUCCACACUGCUGCCUUCGUGGACCCUGCUGGCCUAUCUGGAUAUUCAAAAUCAAUGGUUGAAGUAGAAGUGUUGGUAACUAAGAAUGUGACUCAGGCAUGUGCAAUAACACCCUCGGUCAGAAAUUGCGUGCUCACAUCCUCUCUUGUAGCCUGUGUAUGGCAAGAUAUUAACUCUUCAAGAACAAUUGAUCAUGAUUGCUGGAGUGACGAGUUUAUCUGCAUAGACAAGAAGCUAUGGUAUGCUCUGGGUAAGCUAAAGGCAGAAAGAGUAGCGUGGAACAUAGCUAGGGAGAGUGGAUUCAAACUAGCUACUAUAUGUCCUGGUCUAGUGACUGGUCCUGAAUUUAUCAGCAGAAAUCCAACCCCUACCAUUGCCUAUCUUAAAGGAGCUCAAGAAAUGUUUAGAAACGGACUACUAGCGACAGUAGACGUUAACAGAUUAGCAGUAGAACAUGUACUGGUGUUUGAGGAUAUGAAGAACACAUCAUACAACAGAUACAUUAGCUUUGAUCAAGUUAUUAGGAGUGAAGAGGAACUUGAAAAAUUAGCAAGAGAGACCGGAAUAGAUAUUAGGACGACGAGAUCAAACUCGAGGACUAAUUCCUCAAACAUUGUCAAAUUGUCAAAUGCAAAGCUUUGCGGCUUAAUGUCUACAAUACAUAGAUGUCAUAACGAGUUCUAGUUCAAAUCAAUAGACUUAUUUUACAUACUGAAUACAGAAUCUCCUU